AUGAGGACUUGCCUGCUAUGGUUGUUGCCCUUGAUUCUUCUGGGCUCCUCAGCUCAGGCGCUGCGGUGUCACGAGUGUAAUGCCAUAGGGAACUGCUACAGCCCUUCAUCUUGCAAUAGCAUGAGCCGCUACUGUUUGACCUCCUGGUAUACACCCCCAGGUCAGCAAACGACCGUGACAAAAACAUGUGCAUUUACCUGUCCUGAUAUCCAUCAGAUCCAGAAUAACUCCAAGGACUCCUGCUGCAACACAGACCUCUGCAACAGUACAGUGAGCCUCCAUGCCAGCUGGGUGAUGCUGACUCUCAGCAUCUGCUUCAUCUAUCUCAGCCGAUAGGCACAGAUUUCCCUUGAACAAGGUGCAGGUCAGCCCUGGCAUCAGCGUGCAAUGCCCGCCAUGUAACUUACAGCCCCGGGAUACCUUGCCCUGGGAUGGACCCUGCGGAUUCUAUCUUGGGACAACACCAACCCAUCAGGACUUCAGGAGCUUUGUGAAAUCCAGUCUAUUCUGGAGCAAACAACAUCCAGAACUAGGAGGUUGAGGGCAGGCUUUGUCCAGCUGUGGGUGAAGCCUGAAGCAUUUCUGUUGUGGAAUAACCCUUCUGUACAUUGUGAAAAAGUGUUGCUCUCGUUAUUAUAAAAACCAGAUUACCGAUAGCUAGGUAAGAUUUGGGGGCAGAGAGAAUGCUGGGAAGAAGAAGGGCAGGGUUUGAGGAGUCUUGAGUCAGAUGUGAAAGAAGCAACAUGGGAAGUUCAUAGAUGAGGUAAACAAACCUCAGGGCAGCACACAGAUUAAUAGACAUGGAUUGAUUUCAGUUGUAAGAGCUGACUGGAGAUAAGCCUAAGCUAUUGGCCAGGCAUUUAUAAUUAAUAUUAAAUCUCUAUGUGGUUAUUUGGAAGCAGCUGCUGGGACACAGAGAAACUCUGCCUACACAUUUCCUCCCUUGUCUGCCUGUGGUCCAGCUUCAGGACUCUGUUGGUCAGCUCUAGUGAUUGAUUGUACGUCCUUCAUCAAAGAGAAGCUGCCUCCUUCCAGUGUGUGUCUGCCUCAUGUCUGAAAGCCUGGUCAACACCAUGCCCCGAUGAGGAGAAUGGACUUGGGAACUGAAUUCUAGGCUGGAAGCAGUUUGGGUGGGUAGCCCCAUGGCUGGAUUCUCCCUAACUUUCCAGACCUGUGUAGAACAGAGAAUGAAUUCAUGCUUGUCGUUUACUUCACAUCCUUGUUCCAUUUCACUACUUUUACUAUGGUGUUUCCCAUAGAUUGUCCUAAUCUAAACCUGAUCAAAAGGCACCCAUGUGGUGAUGCUCCCACCUUAUUGUACAAGACUGCUGCUGCAAGACACCAGACCAGUGUACUGGAAAUGACAGAGAGCUGAACUCAGGUGACCUCCCACUGGUCACCUCAUCAGGGGCCAAAGAGCAAUUCUAGUUCAUGGACGCAGAUGGGCUGUUCCUGGACAGAUGGUUGUUCAGGAAGGGCAGAGCUAGCCAAGAGCUCAGUCAUACUUGGUGCUGAUCACAGGGUCCUAGAAAACGGCAGACCUCUGCUGGAAAGUGGGGUGUGGAGCUGAACUUUUGUAGGCUAUGGUUUCUUGAAACCACAGGACUCCAACAGAAGGGAGGUCAUCAGGUGAGAGCAGGGCAUGCAAGAUGGUGUGCGGAGCUGCGUGAGGGGCCUUGUUGUUCCUGAAAUGAGGAUUUCCACAAAUGCCCUGUCUGGCUUCUAAGCUCAUUAGGUCAAUGGGCUGCUUGUGCCCAGCAUCCUGUGACUGGGGCUUCCUUAGCCAUACUCUUCCUAGAAUCCAGGCAUUCCUCGGCUUUUUUGGCAAAGUGGACAUGUGCUGGGGACCAACUGGCACUGAGCCACCCACACCUGAGGCUGAUGCCACAGAAAUGUGGAGACUGGGUCAGGGGGCUGGUAUUCCAUAGGCUCCAGAGGCCCACAAAAUUUACUUAACUGCAGUGUCCGUCCUUCAAGCAUCACUAAAGGAUGGUUUUCCAUGCUGUUGCCACUCACAUCCACUACCCACUGGCAGGAUCAACCCAACCUGGGAGGGGCCACCCCAUGCUGCCAUUCACUCCCAUGUCCUUAGGCACAGGCCCUAAUUUCUCUGGGCUCCUACUUGCUUAUCCAUAAAAUGAGAACAUGAGACUUUGUGGCAAAAAAUAAAAAAUAAAAACAACAAAUUAAGGCCUGAGGAUGCAGUUCAGAUGGUAGAGUACUUGCUUUGUAAUGUGUGACUCCCCAGGUUCCAUCCUCAGAGCUUUGUCAACAGAACCUUGCAGUGACCUUCUGUAACUCCAGCACUUGGGAGAUGGAAGCAGAAAGACCAGAAGGUCAAGGUUAUCUUUGGCCUCACAGCAAGCUUGAAGUCACAUGAGGCUGAUUUAGUCGACAUGAGACUUUGUCUCUAAAUAAAUAAAAAAAUGAAAAAACCCAA